GUUUUGUUAAAUGUGUGCAUGAAAGGGAGAAUCGGUAGGCAUGACCACUGUAGAAAGGCGGACAUGCAUUCAGUUGGAUAGUUUUAAGCUUUUUGUCUAUAUGUCUCUAACACUUCAGGUAGUUUUUUGUUUACUGAAUGAUUUUUCAGGAACACACUUGUUUAUUUGCUCAUCAUUUUAUUAUUUCAUUGUUUUAUCAGGAGAUUGGUGUUAAGAUUGGCAUUAAUAAUCACAGAUAUGCUUUGUUGAUCUCCUUAUUAUUGUACUAUACACAUCUGUUCCUCGUGAAUUUUAUUUUGUGUUGGCUUUCUUGAGUAUUAAGAAAGGUGAAUAGUUAUGUCAGACGGUUAUACACCAUCGUUGAAUCGAUGGACAGGGAAUAAAUCACCAUUGCAUCCUCCUCAUCAUCAUGAUCAUUCAGGAGUCAGAAGUCCCACAGUAGGACUUAUCACAAACAACUUGAUCAUUUCUGAGGAUCAUAUUUCACGUAAUCAAGAAUUAUAUCCAAAUGCUUCAAGGAUGAAUAAUCACCGUCAGAAUCUUUCUCCAUCUCCAUUCCAGUUGAAAAAACAACAACAACAACAGCGCCAACAGCACUUCAUUAAUGAUGCAUUGAAACCAUCACUGCAUCAACCAAAAAGUCCACCAAUUCAAUGUCUUAGAAGUCAUCAACCUGUUAUUGAAACAUAUCGUACAGUUGAAAGAUCAUCUCCACCGAUACACUUUCACACUAAGUGUAAUUAUUUAACGAACCCUUUAAUUCAAAAAGAUAACCUUAGACCAACAACUAUAAGAGAUCAUAAUCGUUACAAUCCUAUUCAAUUCUUACCAUCUACAAUAUCAAGUCGACCAGAAUCAUCAGUAUAUAGAAAUCAAGAUUAUCAAUGUAGAUCAUAUCCUAAUUCAUGUUUACCAUCGAAUACACUACAAAAGUUGAUUCGACCAUAUGAACCACGGGCUUCAACAACUUUAUCACCUAUAAGAAGAUUAUCAUCAGAAAUUUCUCAAAGUUAUAUGAUACAUAAAAGUCCAGAAAAUUCAAUAAGAAAAAUAUCUUUACCAUGUAAAACAAAUUUAAUUGAUAAUGAUAAUGAUGAACCGGAUAUUUGGAAUAUUGGAUCUACUACAUUAGAAUGUAAACAACCAAUUUAUUAUUCAAAUCAAUAUAAAAGUAAUGAAAAUAAAUUUUCUUUAUAUAAUCAAAAGCAUCAUUUAAUGGAUAUACCAAAAAAAUAUAAUUAUCAAUCAUCAAUUAAACAUUUAAAAGAUUAUAAUAUGAUCAAUUCUGAAUGUGGAAGUCUAUUAAGUACUGAUGAAGAGACAGUAUCAUUGAAUACAAUAGAUAGUGAACAAAAUGUAACUGUGUUCAAUCGUCAUUCAAUUUCAUUACAAAAAAUUAAUAUUAAUCAACCUGAUAUAUAUGCUUCAAUUAAAACUCUUGUAACAAAUAAUAAACCUGAAAUUAAUCGAUUCAAUAACAAUUCACUGAGUUCAUCAUGUAAAUCAGUUCAUUGGAGUAAAAAUCAAACAAGUUUAAUCAACAACUCAACAAUAUCUACAGGUCGUAAAACCGAAGAAGAUAUAUUGCUGCAUAUCCAGGGGAAUAAAGUGCUUGAUUCCGUCAACUUACCAAUAUAUCCGUGUCCAACAUCAGUCUUUGAUCAGCCAACAACAUUCACUGAAACUAUUGGUGAUGAUUUUGGUGAUAAAUGGACAGUUUAUUAUCGUAAUCCAAAUAUUCCAAGUGUUAAAAUUGAAUCAGUGAACAAUGAAUCAUCUAAUCUACUUGACUUAUCAAUACCGAAUAGUUUAUCAUUAAAACGAAAACAGUCAAAAAGACCUUUUCUCCAAUCAAAUAAUACUAUAAUACCAAAUCAUUGUGAUAAAUUUCAACUGAGAUUAGAAGUUCCUGAACAAUCUAUUCAUCGAGUAUUACCUAAACUUAUGAAUGAAAAGAAUAUCAAUAAAAUAUCUUUAACAGAAAAUACUAAAGUUGAUACUAUAAACUUAAAACAGAAGCAUAAAUAUAAACGAUUAUAUUCAAUCAAACAAACAGAAUGUCUUAUUGAAGCUAUAGAAUGUUUAACAAAUUCUAUUGAAAGAAAUAAUUUGAAUAUUGAAUUAGAAUAUAAAGAAAGACAAAAUUUAUUUAGUUUAGAUCAACGUAAAUCAUCGCCAAUUCAACAUAAUGAUGUAAUUUAUCAUCGAAAUUCUUCAUUAACUGGACGUAUUCCUCGUCAACGUAAUUAUAAUACAAAAUAUGGAGUAGUUAAUCGACAUGAAUAUCGACGAAAAUCUGCUACAAUGAAAUGUUUAGAAGAAUUAACACAGAAUAGAACUGAAAAGGUCGCUGUUGAAGUACGUGUUGUAUUUUUAAAAAUCGGUGAAAUUGAUACAUUAAAAGAAUUUUACUAUGCUGAUGCAUUUCUACAAGCUAAAUGGCGAGAACCAAGACUUGAUGGACAUACAGCUGAGGAGUUAAGUAUAACUGAAUUGGAGCAAUAUUGGAAUCCUUUAUUAUAUAUAGACAAUAUACUGAGUGAAACAAAAGAAACUCAAUGGUUAAUGGCUGUGAGCAGUGAAAAUGGUGAAGUCUACUUAAUGGAACGUAGACGUAUUAAAGGUGUAUUCUUGGAAACACUGGAAUUGAAUGAUUUCCCUUUAGAUGUACAGGAUUUAACAAUUACUGUUACUACAGAGAGACCCGAUACAGAGGUUGAUAUCAUUCCUGAUCAAGUAGAAAUGUCUGCAAUCAAUAUACAAACAUUUGUUGACCAGCAAGAGUGGAAGUUACAUGAACAUGUUGAAAUAAAGAAACGAAUCAUUAAACAAGAAUAUACCAGUUCAAUGAAAAGUCAUCCAUGUUUAUCUGUCACUUGUAGAGCAGCAAGACGGCCUGGAUAUUUCUAUUGGAAUGUUUUUCUCAUCAUGUUUAUGAUUUCUGGUUUGGCUUUUGCUACAUUCGCUGUUUCACCGGAUAAAGCAGAACUUCGACUUCGUCUAUCUUUUACACUUAUUCUGACCAGUGUAACUUUUAAAUAUGUGAUAACACAAAGUUUACCCAAAAUUUCAUAUUUAACCUAUAUGGAUAAAUACGUUCUAAUGUCGUUAUUCAUCCUAUGCAUUAUCAGCAUUUGGCAUGCAGUUGUCACACUGAUUGGACUAGAUUUCGACUUACCAGAUUCUGGAGGAUUUUCAUCUUCUGUAUCUACUACUCAGCCGAUGACAAUAAUCCCACCGCCUGGUGUCAGUUCAACAUAUCAAGGUCCAAGAAUAGUUUUUCCUCAUCGUAAUACAUCUUUACCCGUAUCAUCAUCACUUUUGAAAUCAGCUCAGCAUGGAAUUAAUCAAACACUCAGUGAUCCAUCGAUAAACAUAUCAAAUUAUGAUUUUGUAAAUAUAUCUCAGUCAGUAGGAACUAUGAACACAUCAUAUAUAUUAGAUAAUAAUCAUUCAACACAUAAUUUCUCCUCUAUAUCAUCAUCAUUCUCAUCGUCAUCUUUAAUAUCACCUUCUUCUUCCUUUGUGUACAAUCAUCAAUUUGAUAAUGAUCCCACUAAAUCGACAACAACAAUGACUACUAAUGAUAAUCAUACAUUCAGUUCAUUAUUAAAAGAACAAAGUAGUGGUUGUAGUAGAACAAAUCGUAUGGCAUGUUCUGACUGGAAAAUGGUACAACAAAUAGAACAACAUGUAUUCACAUCAUUUGUUACAAUCUAUAUACUGGCACAUGCAAUUUUUAUAUUUUGGCUUUAUUUCGAUGCUAGUAGACGUAGACGAGAAAUGCGACAGAAAGACAAAGACUAUCGAGCAACUAAACGACCGAUUAAUCAAGGCAACUUUGUAUCAGCUACAUCAUUAUGAAUCAAUGUGGACAAUGAGAUUACUUUUCUAAAUUUAUGUUCAUGUAAAUCAAUAAACUGAGAUAUAUGAUGUAUAUUCGUUUCUUUUAUAUAAAUUAUUUUAUUUUAUCAAAUAUGAAUGAUGUUAGACUGAUUGUAAAUCUGUGUAAACAACAACAACAACAAGAACAACUCGAAAGGUGAGUAUGAUAAGAGCUAUUUUCAAAUUUACUUUUUAUUCAUAUCAAUGUCUCUUCUAAUUGGUCAAACUGUUCUGAUACAUCAUCUUCUUAUGUAUAUACUUUAGUACUGUUGAUUGUAUAAUUAAGCUGAUGGUAAAUGUUAUUCCAUUUUUAUUGAUUUAUAAGAAGUAUCAUAUAGUUAAGGAACAGUAUUGUUUACUGUAUUAUGUUUCACACAUAAUUUAUUGUCAAUAGUUAUAUCGAGGUAACUACAUGACUUUGAGAUAUCCUUUAUACAGUUAGUCCUAAUUUCCUCGACCCCUUUAUGAUAUGCGUAGUAAGAUUUUCUAUAUCUCCGGAGCAGGUAUUGAGUCAUUUAUGUAGGUAGCAUGUAUUAGGUGUUUAUUCAAUAAACAAAGAUUCAGUUAUCAAUCUCUCCCUCUAC